AUGUCUGCAGCUUCCAGCGGGCAGCACCCCCCUACGCUUCCAGACUCCAAUGCCGCCUCUCAUACCGGAGGAGGCCGUCGUGGCCGUUGGCGGCGCAUAAAAUGUACCUACCCUUCUUGCCGCAAGUACGGACACUUCACAUCGCAAUGCUGGGUCGCGCAGCCCGAAUUACGACCUGCUGACGGCGUGCAUCGCCGUAUCUGUUACCGCUGUCUAGCUCCAGGCCAACGCCCUGGCCGGUCCGCCCACGCCACCCCCAUCAACUCCGACGCCACGUCCGCCUUGCUCGCACAGACCGAACGAACCCCGUCACAUUCCCGCCCAGCAUUCCGCUUCCUUGAUCUCCCCCAAGAGAUUCAACACAUGAUCUACGCCCACGCUUACGCCGAUGGGUACCGCAUCACCGUGCGCAUGCUGGACAUCCCCACGAGGUCUAUAGGGCGCAUGUCUGAAGCAGACUGUGCCACCAGGUCUAUAGGGUGCAUGACUGAAGCCGACUGUUCUACCAAGUGUAUCUGUAAGGGUAAGGGUGAGUGUGAGGUCGGAUGCCCAGCAACCCCGUUCCAGCUCUGGAUCUUACACUACCUCUCACCUCGACUCGAAUACUCGACCACGCGCGCGGACGAGAUCGAAUGCAACCUCGCCUUCGUAAGCAAAAAGCUGCGCAGAGAAUCACGGCUCGCCCGCGAACAUGCCUUCGACGGCACUUUGACCGUGGCGUGGGACCCCUACGCAACGUCUAUGGCGUUGAAAACGAUCUGCGGCUCCGACGAGUGGGCUAGUCUACGCGCCCAGAUCACGGACCUGAGGCUCGUUGGCCUGUCUCGCCGCUCGAUCCGGGGUUCCUUGAAGAGGGCAUUCUGGAGAGAUCUACCUUUCCCGGGAGCGUUUCCCAACGUCAACGCAAUAAACCUCUGGUAUGAUGUCGUCCGCCGAGUGCAUAAGGAUCGUCAUUCCGAAGCACCUGGCCGACCAGCAUACACCGACGAGAGUGAGGAGGCGGCCAUGGACUACCUGCCUACUCACCUGGAGUAUCUUCUGAAGGUUCGAGAACUUGGGAACGGGAUAUGGGCGACGGGACCGGUCGACUGGUCCAUCAAUCUGAAUAAGACGGUGACUUGGCUGGAUAAUUGUGAUCGUGGCGACUGUAAUCGUGGAGAUCAGUGGGUGGUAUUCCCUGCUCGCUGA